AUGCUGGUGAGGUAUUUAUUUCUCUUUCCUGCUGUACUUUCAAUCAUGAUACAAAGGGAACUCGGAUCAAUUUACUUAACGGAAGGAGAAUCUUAUGAGCUAUACUUAUCAGACUAUUUCAGUGGAAACAAUCUAUCUUUUGCAAUCUCCGAUUCUAAUAUGACAGCUGGUUCAGCAAUACUUGAAAAUAAAUGCGAAUUUGAGAUUCUAGCAUUCCUCCCAUUUCAAAAUUCGAGCUGAAAUGAAACCUGAGCCCAUUCAUCUCUCAAGCCUUUAAUAUCCUGAAGGCCAAUUCCUGAAUCAUAUGAAAUCAUAAUAUGGUAUAAUCUUAAAUAUAUUGUUUUUUAUAACUUUUCUUCUGAACGAGGAGAAAUUGAAAUGUUUUGAAAUGGAUUUAUUGACACAGGGGAAAAUAUAGAAUAUUCUCAAAUAGAAGAUAUAAAAAUUUAUUCAAGUAACUAUGGUCAAAUCUCUUACGCUUUAAUAUGAGCUAAGCAGCAGGAAAAUACACUUAUAUGGAGAAACAAUUUUUAUUAUAUGAAUUUAUUAAAUUUAUCAGCUCUAGAAAACCCAAAAUGAGUGAACUUCAGUGAAGCUACUUAUGCCUCUAAUAUUAUCCUAGCUCAUGGGGAGAUUAGCAACAUAAUUUCUAUUUAUCUUGAAUUCUCAUCCUCACCUAGUGCAAUUUAUUUAUAUAAUAUAACAAAUAUUGAAGAGCCUAUCCUUAAUCAAGUAAUAUCAAAAUAUUAUGGAGUCUUAAUAAGCAAACUUUCAGUUGCUAGUAUGUACAUUAAUUCAAUUUAUUUGUACAUUCUUGAUACAAAUUUUGGACUUAUUAAUUAUAUUAUGUCUGGGUCUCGGGAUAUAUUUUUUAAAGAAAAUGAAUGAGCUUAUUAUGGCUAUGUUGGGACUCUCAGUUCUAUGUGAGAAUAUUCUUUUGACUUCUUAGGAGUUAUUUCAAGCUCAGGAGUAUUGUUUUUUAAAAAUCCGCUACAGCGAUCAUUUAUAGGUUUUCUGGAAGGAAAAGGAAUGAAUUGGGAGAAUGGUUGCCUUCAAAUUACUGAAAAUUAUUACUUUGUGCAGUCUAGUAAUGGAAUUUUAUCGUUAUCAUUAUCUUAUCUAUUACGUUUAACGUCCACUACGGGGUAGCCGUUUCCAGUGCUGCCACCAUAUUCGGCGACGUGUCGGACCCAUAGACCUCUGGAUUGAUCCGCUUUGUUGCACCAUGGCACUGGUGUUACGGCUUCGACGGCUGCGUUGCCUUGUCUACCCUUGACUCAACUCCUGCGCGUGUUCCGCCUAAGGGCCACCUUCCUCGUGUGUCCUGAGAGGUAAAACUUCGAGCCUCUUGAUGUACUUAGUGCAGUGCCUUGGCUUAUCUUCCAGAGAAACUGCUAUUGCUGUGCAGAAGAAAAACUAAUCCUAUAAAUAAAAUUGUUUGAGUGAGAGAAAAUUAGUGGAAUUAAUUUCACUCUAACCGAAUGCCAUUUUGUUUAUAAUGGAAUUUUAUCAGUUGGUUUAAGCUGAGUAGAGCCGCUUCAAAUAUUAUAUAAAAUUGAUAUAAGUCAUCUAGUUGGAGAAAGUUUUCAAGCUACUGGGCAAUGAGGAUUUUUAAUAAAUGAUGGUAUAUUUUAUUUGAGGUUUGAUAUGGAUGGCUUAAGGAUUUAUAAAGCAUACUUAUUCUCCCCCGUAAGCAAGCAAAACCAUUGGAAAAAAUCCCCCUCCGUGAGCGAACAAUUUUUUUUAAAUGAAAAAUUUUGUAUGAAAAAAAUAUAUAUAAAUGAUAAUUAGUAUAAUGGAAUCUAGGGCUAAUUCUGUUUAAUUUAACCAAAUUGCGUUUUAAAACAUAAAUUUUAAAAAUUAAAUAAAUAUUUGCUUUCCAAUUUUUGCGAAUUGGGAUUUUUUUAAAUUUCGAAAAAAAAAAACUUACCAUAAAAUUUUAUAUAAACUUUUUAAAAAAAAAAUUAGCCCCCCUCGGUGAGCGAACUUUCAGUCAAGGAGAGGGGGAGGUAGAAGAGUGAAGCCUUAAAAUCUGGGGAAAUUCAACUUACUAUGUCCAAAUCACUGCAAAAUCUCAAAAUGAUGACAUAAUUUCCAGUACUUUAUAUGUCAACUCAAUUCCUCAAAAUUCACAAGAAAUUUUCCAAAUCGACAUGUAUCGGCCAGUUUCCAUCUCUCCUAUCGAAUUGAUAGCUGACGGACAAAAUGGAACCUAUUUUUAUAUAGCUUUGAAUGAUUAUUUUUCGGGUCCAAAUCUUGAAUUCACAAUAGUUGAUCUUCCCGAUUUAAAUACUGCUAGUUUCGAAAUCAUUGCUAUGAACAAACUGAAAUUAUAUCAAAAUGUUUCUCUGUCAAGCAAUAUUACAAAUUUUUUAAUUUCUGGAGCAAAUAUCGUAUAUUUUUAUGAUAAUAAAGUUAUGGCUGAUACAAGCUAUGGCCCUAUAACUAUAAAUGUUACCAAUCCUAUAAAAUUUUUAUGAAGCAGAGGCUACGUCAUAUAUUCUAAGCCAAGUCAAAAUUCAUUUUUAAUUAUAAGUUAUUUUUAUUCUAGUGGAAUCACUCAGACAUUUCCAUCAGAAAUAGAUUGCAUUUUCUUUUUAUGUGAUUAUAGCUAUCUUAUAUGUGCAAAUUCACAUCAAAUUGACGUAUAUUACAAUAAUGAGACUUCUGAAUAUGUUUAUAUAGCUUCUUUAACUGGUGAGCAAUUUGAAAAAGGCUCUUCAUGAAAUAUUACAGACUUAGAAAUAUCUUCCUCAAUUUAUUCUAUGCUCUACAUUUAUAUAAUAGAUAGCGAUUUAGGUGCAGCUAUUGUAGACUUAUUUAGUAUAAUUAAAACAACUGAACCUUAUAAUUAUUAUGGAAAAGUAUCAGGUGCUAAAAAUGUUAUAAAUACAGGAAGUGAAAUUUGUUUUGUUUUUGAAAAUUUUAUUGAGAUAUAUGGAUAUUCUUUAGAAUAUUGGAAAACAAUUUUGACAAAUAUAUAUGAGCCUAUUGUUGGAACAUAUGGAGAGUCAAAUAUGAUUUAUUUGAUAACUAGUAGUGCUUUAUAUAUCUUUAAUAGCGACCAGCCAUCACAUAAUUCUUUAUUUUAUACGCUGCCUAUUAGCAAUCCAAGCCUAUUAUCAUUUGGGUUAUUUGACUGAGGAGAUAUGAGAAUUGCUAAUUUCAAUCCUGAUAAGCACUAUGCUGAAAUCUAUAUAAGCUCAUGCCCUAAUAAAGAAAGCAACGUGGGAUGCUCACUUUAUUAUACAUUUUAUAUGCACAUUGGGAACUCUAAGUACUUAAAAGACUUUUCUUUACAAACAAGCAUUUCAAUAGCUGCAUUUAAUAAAGAAAAUUUAUUAAAAGAAACUUUCCCUAUAAAUUUGGUAAUUAAUGGAAAUUUUCCUUGGUAUCAAGAAGAAAAUUGAGAAAAUCAUAAAAAUAUCCCAUAUAACGAGAGAUACGAAUUAGAUUUAAGUAAAUUUUUUGAGGGGCAAAAUAUUUUGAUGACUUUGUCUGUUAAUGGAAAUUACUCUUUCAAUGAAACAGUAGAAAACUGGCCUGCAGUCAUUCCUCAGCGAACUGAAUUACUGGGGAAAUACGAUUUGAAUAAGCAUAAUGGUAUUUCCAGCCAUAUUAUUAUACCCAAUACAGAGAUCGCUGUAAUUUUGUCUUUUUCUGAAUUCUUCAUAAUCGACGCUACUGGGUUGACGAAUAAAGCUGUGGCUUUGAACUUAACUGAGAUUUCAAAUAUUAAUGAUUUGAAGUGCUACUUUAUGGACGUUUUCCCUCACACACAAAAUAAUCUCACUUUAUUAAUAACUUCAUGCAUUUAUAGAAUUCCAGAAGCAAUUGAAUAUAAAAACACAACCACUUAUACUUCGGAAUUUGCUUAUGCUAUUAUUCUAUGAGAGUUAGAUUAUAUAAAUUUUGAAAUAAUUAAAUGCAGGCUCUUUAAUACAUAUAGCGAUCACAACUAUCUAAAAGUUGCCCCUCUUGAUGCUCACAGUUUUGAGAUUUUGGCAUUUUAUACUUACGGUUCAACACUAAAUUAUAUAAAUAACAUUUACAGAUAUAGUGGAAGAUGAAAGAUUAAUGAUAUUAGCAUUAGUCAAUGUGAAGUCAUAAAUUAUUUUUCUUUGGGUUUAAAUUCAUUCUAUGCUAUUCUAGCUGAAUUCAUAGUGAAAGACUCUGAAACUGUUUAUUGGUAUAUAAUUGACAACCAAUAUGGAAUAAGAAUUAUACAAACUACUAAAACUUCUACAAGUAUCUUACUACCCCUCCGUUAGUGAACAGAAACAUCUUGUUAGCUCACGGAGGGGGGUUAAUUUUUUUUAAAAAAAUCUCACUUCGCAAAAAUUGGAAAGCAAAUAUUAAUUUAAUUUGUAAAGUUUUUAUUUUUAAAACGCAAUUUGUUUAAAAUCAAACAGAAUUAGCUAGAGAUUUUGUGGUAGCAAUUAUCACUUAUAUGUCAAAUUUUUUUUUCAUAAAAAAUUUUUCCUAUGAAAAAAAUUUUGUUUGCUCACGGAGGGUGGGUUUAUAGACAAAAAAUAGGGAUUUUUCCAAUGAUUUUGUUCACUCAAGGAGGGAGAGUUAGUAGGUGGACUUUAUAUCGAACUCAAUUAUUAUUUUUUAAAUUUUGGAUUAUGAGGAGAUACACUUUAUAUAUAUUCUGAAGGAUGAAUGAAAUCAUUUAAAUUAAGAUCUUACACUAGAUUAGAAGAAGAUUUGAAUUAUGGUGCUUACGAGUUACCAGAAUCUGACUAUUUAUUUGUGCUAAAUAAUAUUGUUUCUUCAAAAGAUAAUAGAUACAUUGCAUGCCCUGCUUGAAGGAGCGAUCUAGGGCUAUUAAUUAGAAUAUGAGACACAAAAGCAAAGAAUUCAUCUAAUAUUAUAUCAGAAAUCUACGCCUCAGAAAUAAAUACUCUUUUAUAUCCAGUCAGCAUGCAGUUUAUUGGCAAUUCAAUACUUACAUUCUAUAUUAGCCAUAGGAAUGAAUAUAGAAGUUAUAAAAUUAAUGAAAAUUAUUUGAUAUUCCCUAAAAUGAGCAAAGAAGAGUACUCAGAAAUGACUAAUUUGUGGGGAACAAACUCGUUUUAUUUGUAUGUUAUUGCAGAAAAUGCCAAUGGAGAGGUUGCCUCAAAGUAUCUUUAUUUUAAUAGAGAGGUCAGAGGAAAGAAAAGUGAUAAUUAUUGAUGGAUUUGGGUUUUAGUUUCUAUAGCAAUUGUUGCUUGCAUCAUUGGAGGGGGGCUUUAUAUUAGGAAACUGUUGAAAGCCCAUAGACGUCGAUCUUUAGAGUUAAUUCUUAUGAGAGAAAUUCAUAAUAAAGAGGGUUUACAAGACACAGAGCUAAAUUAA